AUGAACAUUGAGACACGAACCGGUUAUCGCCUGGAAAGGUUGCAGAGCGCGAAAUGGCGUCAUGCGAGAAACAGGAGGUUCGAGAUUGCUGCGAAGAGACCGAGCAAAAAGUUGAGACAUCCUAAUGAUAUGAUCAAUCAAACUGAUAUUAGAACCAACCAGCAGGGUCAAAGCAAAUUGGUCCCCGUGCAAUCUAGAGCAGGAGAUGCGGCUCUAGAUGGAAUGGUGACACAAUAUUUCUCGUGA